AUGAUGAUGACAGGUUCGUUGAAAGGGGAUCAGAGAACCAAGUGCCUUAUCCCUGAGUGGAAGUAUCCCAAUUGUGCGAGUCAAGCAAAUGAAAUUCUUAGCCACAUUCCUACACCGGAAGAUUGGGUGUUAUACCGAGAAGCCUAUCGUCGCUCAGUGAUGGAUACAGCUCCCGAACACUUUUCACUCGAGCCAUCCACUUGGGCUAAUGGGAGCGCCACUGGCUUUCAAGUGCCGAUACGAGUCCAGUACUCUCCCGACGAUGGGCGUGGUAUCUAUGCUAUCACUGAUAUUCCCAAUAACACGUUGGUCUGGGACAAUCGGUUCACAGCUCGGAUUCGCAACGAAUGUGAAGCCCGGCAGUUUGUGUUGCAAGAGCUGACCGCACACCAGGCUUGCAAUGUCAUUCUUUGGGGGUAUGCCUUUGAUCACGGCACUGGUCAGCUGGAAUGGGGCAUUGAUUUGGAUCCCGGCACCUUUUUGAACAAGGCUCCAAGUAGCGCCGAAAUCAAUGUAGAAGAUCGUUUGGUGGAUCGUAGCUUGGCACUGGAACCGGGGGGCCACAGCAUGUGGUCCACCCGGGACAUUCGCGCGGGAGAAGAACUUCUGAGUGCCUAUCAAGAUGUUCACUCGUGCAACCCAUUCAAGAAUCUCUGGUGGGAAGUGAAACUGGUGUGGAAAUCAUGGGGGAUUAGCGCCGUGAUGUUUUGA